UAGUUUGGCGUCACGUGCUGUCGCCCAAUCAGAAUCGGGCUUUCCGGCAACGCACUUAUAAAGCCCGCGUGCAGAGCCGUUUGCAGUUCAAAGCACUCGCGCGUUCUGGGGAUUGUACUUGGAGACUAGAAAGGAGCACUUUACCGUUUCAUCCUGCAGAGUUGAAAGCAAACUCUUCCCAUCUGGCUUCUUUUUUUUUUUGCCCUUCCUUCAAGCGCGGAUCCGCUUGCAGAAAAAUCAUUCUCGGAGUCUGUCACAAGCUCAUGCGUAAAGACACUCGCUCUCCAAACUCGGUUUUACGCACAGGAGCAAAGGAGAACCAGCUGAAUUUUCUGUGCACUUCUCUCAGUUGAAAGACUUUGAUUAAACUCAUCCUGGCAAGGUAAAGUCUAUUUUAAAAGGCUUUUCCUCUCGCGAGAAAGCAGAAAUAACUCCCCCCGUUUCACGCGUAAUUUGGCACCAAACAGUUUUUCGUAUGAAUCUCCUCGACCCUUACCUGAAGAUGACGGAUGAACAAGACAAGUGUCUCUCUGAUGCCCCGAGCCCGAGCAUGUCCGAGGACUCUGCGGGCUCUCCGUGCCCGUCCGGUUCGGGCUCCGACACCGAGAACACCCGGCCGUCAGAGAACGGGCUCCUCAGAGCGGACGGAGACUUCAAGAAGGACGAGGACGAUAAGUUCCCCGCAUGCAUCCGUGACGCCGUGUCCCAGGUGCUCAAGGGUUACGACUGGACCCUCGUGCCCAUGCCGGUGCGCGUUAACGGAUCUUCUAAGAACAAGCCUCACGUUAAGAGACCGAUGAAUGCCUUCAUGGUGUGGGCGCAGGCUGCGCGGAGGAAGCUGGCGGAUCAGUACCCACACCUGCAUAACGCGGAGCUCAGCAAAACUCUGGGAAAACUCUGGAGACUCCUCAACGAAGGGGAGAAGCGGCCGUUUGUGGAGGAGGCUGAGCGGCUCCGGGUGCAGCACAAGAAGGAUCACCCGGACUACAAAUACCAGCCACGGCGGAGAAAGUCUGUGAAGAACGGACAGAGCGAGUCUGAGGACGGCAGCGAGCAGACUCACAUUUCCCCGAAUGCCAUCUUCAAAGCUCUCCAGCAGGCGGACUCCCCGGCCUCCAGCAUGGGAGAGGUGCACUCUCCGGGUGAGCACUCAGGCUCCCAAGGGCCCCCUACCCCUCCCACCACCCCAAAGACUGAUGUCAGCUCAGGCAAGAUGGACCUAAAGCGCGAAGGUGGCCUCCGCUCUCUGCCUGAUGGCCCCAACGGGCGCCAACUCAACAUCGACUUUCGUGAUGUGGACAUCGGGGAGCUGAGCAGCGAUGUCAUCUCCCACAUCGAGACCUUCGACGUCAAUGAGUUCGACCAGUACCUCCCACCUAAUGGCCACCCCGGCUCUGCUACCGGCCCUGGCAAUGCCACCCCAGUUACCUACACGGGCACCUACAGCAUCAGUAGCGGAGCCCCUGUCAGCCCGCAGGCAGGAGGCGUCGCAGCUUGGAUGGCUAAAAGCCAAAGCCAACAGGGACAGCAGCAGCAGCAGCACACCCUGACUACCUUGGGCAGCAGUGGAGGCUCAGAGGCGGCUCAGGCCCAGCACAGGACCCAGAUCAAGACGGAGCAGCUGAGCCCGAGCCACUACAGCGAGCAGCAGGGCUCCCCGCAGCACGUCACCUACAGCCCCUUCAACCUGCAGCACUACAGCCCCCCUUCCUCCUACCCGGCCAUCUCCAGGGCGCAGCAGUACGACUACUCCGACCACCAGGGGGGCGGCAAUGCAGCCACCGCCUCCUACUACAGCCACGCGGGGGCGGGGCAGGGCUCGGGGCUGUACUCGACUUUCAGCUACAUGAGCAGUCCCAGCCAGAGGCCCAUGUACACACCCAUAGCCGACAACACGGGGGUUCCCUCCAUCCCACAGAGCAGCCCACAGCACUGGGAGCAGGCUCCGGUUUACACCCAGCUCACCAGACCCUGAGCUGCACCGGCAUGAGACUGAGACACCACACACACACACACACAAAAUGACAUGUACAGCCACACAUACACACACACACACACACACAUCGAACACACACAAAACACUUUACCCCAGGGAGAGCUGCUCCCUGAAUCAGACACUUGAAUUGGAAGAAGAGGAGAACGGGACUUGUGAUUGGCUCACGUCGUGCCUUGCUAUUGUAUCUUGAUAGAAACUAUAUAUAUUUUUAGAGAGAUGAAGAGACUUAGAAAAAAUCCUCUGUGAGGAUUGAUUGUUGAUAUUUCAGUAGGUACUGUGUAUGUUUCUUUUUUUUGUUUGGUUUUUUCCCCUUCAUACGCUGGCAGUUUGUAACUCGUGGGGGGUGGGAGGGAGUGGGGAGGGUAAUUAUUUGUACCUGUAGAUAGAAAAACGAAAAAAAAAGCUUUAUAUUUGGAAAAAAAAAAAAAACAGUUCAGCAACUAACCACUCAUGGUAGUGCAGCGUCUGGUUCUCUGUUCGAUUUCAUACGAGGAUUUGUGUUUUUUUUUUUGUUUUGUUUUCGUUGCUUCCUCUUUUCUGUGCCAUUCAGCGAGUAUGGUUUGUAUUUAAGCUUGUUUGAUUUUUUUUCCUCCUUUUCUGAAGUUAUGUGUCAUGAUCAUCGGAGAAGCUUAUUAGGCAAUACAGAAAGGAGAGAUUUGGUUUCACAAUGCUGUGCUGUCCUGACAUGACGGAGGGAGGGGGGGGGACGACUGCGGCCCUUAUCCACCAUCCGUGCCUUGGAUUUUUACAUAUCUCCAACCUUUUUGUAUGUUUGUGUGUGUGUGUGUAUGCAUGUACGUGUGUGUGUGUGUGUGCGCCACAGCUGAGAUUACACUUACCGUCCAACAGCGUGUGUUUGACAGCUACAGGAAGUCACCUUUGACCCCCUUGGGUGUCCCCCAUUCCCCCCCCUCACCGUGUGCAGUCUCCCAACCGAAACCCUUAACCCGCCCCCCUCCCCCUCUUGUCAAAAUCCAGUUUAAAAACUUUAUUUAUUUAUUAGCUUUAAUUUUAUUUCAAAGUAAUUAUUUUGCAUACUAUUCUUAUAACUAAUGAAUCGACUUCUUUGCAGUGUAGACGGCAUAUAAUCCCCCCCCCCCCCCUUUUUUUUUUCUUUAAUUUGAUUUUCAUCCCAGGGGGUACUUAGACAAAAUGGUACAAGCUGUAAUCGUCUUUUUUUUUUCGGGUUUAUUUAUCUUAUGUAAAUGUCUAUUUUAAGUAUGUAUUUGCCUUUUCUUGAGGGUCGGGUGGGAUUAUCUAACGAAAUGUGUACGGAUUAUUUGUUAUUUGUGAAUUUCCUUUAAGUUGGACUUUAAACUAUGGCUGAAAGAACUGGAAAAUGUUAUCUCAAGUUACAAGUUUUUUUCUCUUUUGGCUUUUCUAGGAUGGAUGUUCCAGCGGGAGCAUCCAUCCUCUGCAAGCUCCAUUUCCUUUCUCUCUCUCCCUCUCCCUAUCUCUUUCUCUCAAUAUCAGAAGAACUGACGUUCCCAAUACUCUUUUAUUUCUUCUGUGAUCUCGCCAUGUAUUUGUACUGUCUUUAAAGAAUCUUUUGUAUAUGUAUUUGCAAUAAAAAAUGAAAAUGCUAUUAA